AAGGGAAAAAUGGGAGAAACCUCAGGGAGAGCAACAGAGGAGGGAUCCCUCUCCCAGGACGGGACAAAGGAGAGCCUUUCAAUUGUUCUUGCUCUUGCAAUGCUCUUGCAUUUCUAACUUUUGUUGAAAAAAAAUAAUACAAACCUCCAGUGUGUGUCUGUGUGUACCAGUCUGUCUGUGGGCAUGUCUGCUCUGAUUAGAUGAUGUCACUCAGGUGUGUGGCCCCAAUCUGCCCAGCAACACCAUGGAAACCAACUGCAGCACCAUUAAGAAUGCAUUGAGGAUUAUAUCUGACCAUUUUGCCACCUGUUCAAAAACGAUGGCUCCUAUAAAAAAAUGACCAGAAAACCCACUAUGGUUCAGCGUCAGCUCUGCUCUCUGGAGCAGCUGAGGAUCUCAGAGUUUGGCCGUCCUUCUCCACGACAUGGCCUUCAGCUCCUGUUCUGGUUUGCCAACCACUGUGUGACCUGUGAGGUUAUUAACUUUGUGCUCAUCAUGAAGCUGGUGUCAGACUGUCAACCAGAGAGAGGUAUCUACGGAUUCCACCUGUUUGGCAAUAUGGAGGAACUUCUGCCUGUCCUGAACAGAAGGUGCAAGAGUAAGAGACAGGUGUUGUACUUUGAAGUUGGCAACCUGAACACAGAUACGUACCCAGGGUCUGCCAACCUCCCCACAUAUGUGAGGGAAAAUUAUGUUUUGGAAGCUAACAUUGGUGAUAUCAAUCUAGAUCGCAUUAUCGUCAGUUACCAGUUGCGAACCAGGGUGGUAGAGAGAGUGUAUGUCACGGAGCAUGACAGAGCUACCUUCGGGAGGUUCAGCACUGACAGGACUUUUGAAAUCCACCCUGAACUGAUUCAAGCCCUGCAGAGCCCACAGGCAGACCUCACCACCUUUCUCUCCCGGACAGACUACUGGGGAGAUAUACAGGUGGUUCAAGCAAAUGAUAUAGAAGAGAUGUACUACCCAGAACCUUCAUCCCAGCAAAUGUUCAACAUAAUGCAGAACUACAGUGGAUCCACAGCGAGAGCAGAGCGUCUGGGAUUAUCUACAUGUGAGCAAGAUGUUGAUUCAGUCAAGAAGAAAAAAGAAGGUGGUGGCGUCAGCUUUGUCAAGAUUCUCCUCAGUGCUGGAAUGCUCUACUUGGCAGCCAAAUGUUUCGGCUGGCUGAGGAGCUGGUGGAGGCUGGGCCCAGAUGAAAACACUCUCCGGAAAAUGCUAUCACACCAUCAUGUCAUGCUGGAUUAUGUGUACUAGGAAUUUAGGGUAAAGCAUGUAUUAGAGCACUGUACCAUGAACAAGUCUCCUCAGUCAGAAGCAACACAACUCUUUCUGACACUUUAUUAAUAUGCCUUGUCAUAUGUAUUUUAGACAGUACAUGUCACAUUCUAUAGGAGGAAUCUAUAGCCAUUCCAAUUGUAAAUGAAGUCAACAUUUGAAUGUAUUAGGCCCAUCAUCGACGUUGGCGUUGCCCUCGAUUUAGCAGCAAAGAUGUAUUAGUUUUUAUACAGAUUUAUUGAGAUGCCGAUUUCAUUUUCCAGCAGGACUUGGCCCCUGCCCACACUGCCAAAAAUACCAAUGCCUGGUUUAGUGACCAUGGAAUUACUGUGCUUGAUUGGCCAGCAAACUCCCCUGACCUGAACCCUAUAGAGAAUCUAUACCCUUUCACACCAACACGGUUCCAGGGCCGGUUCGGAGCUGGAGCUUGAAAAGCACAGUUUCUUUCCUGCUCACACCGCAGCGGAGCCGCCUCUAAGCUCUGGAAUCCGGUUCGUUUCAAGCACCAAACAUGUUCUAGAAAGCAAGCACCGCAUACGCAUACGUCACGUUUAUGUCGGAGGGGGGCGAGAUUAACCUGAGCUAACAGUUAAAGGCGAGUACGGCAAAUAAAAGUUGUAACAAGCAGUAGCGCUGAGCAAAGUGACUAGAACGCAACCACACACUUUAUAAAGUCAGGCAACACUAACCAGGCUUCUUGUGAUUCUGUUUAUUUGCGCCUUACUUUGACCAUCCGUUCGCUGUUAUUGAUCAUUGUGGAGAGAGGCAGACGUUUUGUUUUGUA